UCGAAGUCUUCAUCUUCAUUUCUCCACAAUCUCCCAGUCACGAGCUCACGAGACUGCCCUCGCUUUAUCUAACUUCAAUCGACGCCCAUGCAAUUGUAUAUGUGGCCUGACAAGUCUUGGUGCCCAGCAGGUCAUGAACAGGCUGCCAGGCCGCUGUCAGCCGCCGUUGGAAGUCGUUCGGGGAUGCUGAUCGUUGAGAGCGAAGCCCCCUGUCGAGCUGCCGAGCUGUUGAGCUGUCGAUCGUCUGAACUCUGCACUUGUGGAGAAAAAGUCACGCAGUCAGCGUCAAUCUUUUCUUGCCUCGCUGACCAGUCGCUGGAACAGAAUUCCUUUUCUUAACACCACCACAGCUCUCACCUUUACAGAACAUCCCAA